AUGGGUGAGGCAAGGACGAAGGUUCCCUUGGAGGAACUGGGUAUAGCGGACACGAGAUUAAGGCGUGCGCAGACUGGCGGUCUACUGAUAGAGAUCGCGGGAGCGAACGCUGGUACAAAGGCGGACUCUCUAGCGGAGAGGCUCAGCGCCCUCUUUAAAGAGGGAGAGGAAGUGAGGGUGAUACGCCCAAUUAGAAGGUUGGAGUUCCGUCUCGUUGAUUUGGACGAGUCCGUAACGGCCGACGAAAUCAAGGAGGCUGUCGCGGCACGAGGAAGAGUACCACUGAGCGACGUGCGCGUUGGACCUUUGAGACCCCGAGGGGGAGGUCUCAACAGCGUGUGGCUGCAGUGCCCUGAGCUCUGCGCGGAGGUGAUACGAAAGGACGGAGGACUGCGAGUGGGGUGGUCGCGAAUGCGACUGAUACCGCUGGCCAGGAGGAGGCUCCAGUGCUACCGGUGCUUAGCGGUGAGACAUACCAGGGUCAACUGCAGGAGCGCCGUAGACAGGAGCAAUAGAUGUUUUAAAUGCGGAAAGGAGGGGCACAAGGUGAUCGACUGUCGGGCUUCGCCUCAUUGCCCUGUGUGCGCGGCGAGGAACUUGCCGGCUGGACACAGGGCUGACGGAGACGGGUGCGCUCCUUACAACGGCUUGGUGCGAGCGACCGUUCCUGCUGCCGCGAUCGUCCCUGCGUCGGGGAGUGUUUCCCCCGCGCAGGAUGCGAUGGUGGUGGACGGUUAG